GGGCAACACGCGCUUCUCCCUCCCGAUGUAAACAAGACGCAGCUGAUCACAGGGUUAUCUUGCACCCUACCUCAGUCUAAGGUGGCACUGGACGUGUUAUUCAACAGCCUGGUCAUGCAAGGGAACGAUGAGGACGUGUAUUUAGGCGUGCAAGGUGGCCAGGCUUCCUCCUUCUUCAGCUGGCGACCGCAGAGUGGUUCCCGCCUCGUCCCACACAACUACAACUACCUCAUGUUCAGCGACAUGAGCAGGGUAGUUCACUUCGAGGAUUACAUGACCACGCUCCAGAACGACACUCUGAUCCCCAACGGCACGAAUGGCAGUCGUUUCCUGUCGCACCUCAACUUCGGAGACGACCCGCUACUCUGCUUCGGCGUCUCCUGCCCGGAUCAGCACAAUAGGUACGGCAACUUUAGCUUCACAAUUGGGGUGAACCGUCUACUGAGCCAUCUAGCGAGUCAGGGAGCACUUCAUGUAUACUUCUUAGAGGUGAUGGAAUUUACGAAAACCAGCGUGUCGAGGAUUAUGUUGUCUACGAAUCCUUCAAACCCGUACCAGCUGCCUCUGUACGACGCCAGCACCGUCGGAGGGCCGUGGUACAGAGACCAGUUCGGCAACAACUACCACUCCCACACCACCAGGAGGUUCAACAACGCUGGCCUCAAUCAACACAACGAACUGGAGUUCGUACUGCAUCUGUACCCCACGCAGUACCAUAAGCUUUACGAGAUGCUGAUGGUAGAGGCGGUUGACCACAACAAAGCCAAUCACCCUAGCUACCGCAGGUGUGUGAAGCACCGCUCAGGUCCUGGUGGCCUAGACAAGAGGUGCCCGACUCCCUGGUCGCGCCAGGUCGCUGAGGAGUAUCUCCGCCAGCUUCAAGACUAAGACAACUUUAAGGCAGUCUGCCUCGUGAAGUUCGCCUGUGUUCUUCUUGGUGCGGGCUUCCACGCGGCGGGAAAGCCACAGCGGUUGGGUAGUUUAGUAACUUGUGCAAAAUCGGUUUCAAUUGUGGGAAUUAGUGACGUUUCUCUCUCUCUCUCUCUCUCUCUCUCUCUCUCUCUCUCUCUCUCUCUCUCUCUCUCUCUCUCUCUCUCUCUCUCUCUCUCUCUCUCUCUCUCUCUCUCUCUCUCUCUCUCUCUCUCUCUCUCUCUCUCUCUCUCUCCCCUCUCCCCCCCCCCUCAGCUUGUAAUGAACGGAAUAAUGGUCAUUAUAUAAUAGUGAAGAUUGUGGGUAGUUGAGGUAAUUAAGGUGUGGUCAAGCUGACUACCUGGUCAUUAACUAUUACCCCCCUACUGGGGGGGGGGGAUAUGUUAGUACUACUGUGUGUUUAACAAUAUGUCUCAACUUCAGUGUAUAAGAAUACAAAGAAUGUUUUGGUUAUCCACUAAUACAUAUGUCUUUUUAGCUCUGUAAGAAUAUUGUAAAUACGACUUUGUGUUUUAAUCUUUAAACUCUCGUCAAGAAAUUGUUAAAUAAGAAUUAAAUUAUACUAUGACACUCUUACACAAAAAGUAACAUAAUUAAAUACAUAUUUAUCUAGUUACAUAAUCAGAAACAAGUUUGUAAGAAAUAAAAUAUAAAUACUAAUUAAGAAAGGGCAUUUUUUUAAUAAAUUUAAUUUAAUCUGUUAGGUCACCAUUUUAGUUAUAACUUGACAUCAUUAACCUCAUAUAUUAUUAUUCUGUAUUAUGUAAUUAAUGUGUGUGUGUUAAUGGCGGCCAAUAGCGCAGUGGCCUACGUCCUGAGCUCGCAACCUCGGGCGGGCCAGAGAGAGAGAGAGAGACUUUUGGUCAACGUUUUCGGCUGAUACCUCUGUUCACCUAGCAGCUAAAUUAGGUACCCCGGGAGUUAGGCAACUGUUGUGGGUGGCAUCACUUCGAACAGGCUAACAGAUUUCCUGCUCCCCAACAACGGAAAAUUAUAAAUUUUGCGUUGAUAUUGAAAUGUAUUGUAUUAUAAUGUAUUUCUCAUCGUUUAAAGUUAGCGUGCAACAAAGGUGAAGUUGAAUUAGAUCUUGGUAUCCCCAUCUCUGUCAAAACUGUAUUGGACCAAACACUCAAGGUCUGAUAGGAAAGAAAUUACUGAUUCCCAAC